AUGGAUGGACAGCCUAAAGGAUUUUUUAAGUCCUCAAGGGGUCUUAAACAAGGGGAUCCUUUGUUACCUGCUCUAUUCAUCAUUGCAGCUGAAGUGUUAUCUAGAAGUCAGAAAGAAUUGAUGAGGAAGAAAGAAUUCAAGUUGUUUGCAAUGCCUAGAGGGAGUCCAAAAAUUAAUCAUCUUGCAUUUGUAGAGGAUAUGGUUAUUAUGUGUAAAGUUGACUUGCACACAUUGCAGUUAGUGACAUCAACAUUGGACAGGUAUGAGAGGGUCUCAAGUCAGAAGAUCAACAAGGAAAAAAGUGUUUUGUAUUUGCAUGGAAGGGUUUCUAAUGGAGUAGUAGUUAUGGCUGAGGUUGCUACAGGAAUAUUGAGGCGAGAAUUUUCAUUCAAUUACUUAGGCUGUCCUAUUUUCUACAUGAGGAAGAAGAAGGUUUAUUAUCAGCAGCUAAUGAAUAGAAUAAGUAACAAAAUACAGGCUUAG